AUGCUUCGGAAAUUCGUUCUUCAGGUGCAGCUGGCGACGCUGCUUGUGCUGCUCCGCUACUCGACCGUCGUAGACGGUGGAGGCGAGAGGGUGACGCGAUACACAAGACACUCUGGCCUCCCUCAGCCAUACUUCUCAGCCACACCCACCAAUGUGUCGGUGGUGUCAGGACUACCAGCAUACCUGCCCUGUAGGGUGCAUAUGCUGGGGGACAGAUCCGUGACGUGGAUGCGGAUGCGAGACUUGCACAUCCUCACCGUGGCUCACGUCACCUAUUCUGCUGACGAGCGAUUCCAGAUCCUACACAGCGAGGAGACCGAUGACUGGACCCUGAGGAUACAAUACACUCAGCCUCGGGAUUCCGGAGCCUACAAAUGCCAAGUCAACUCGCAGGACAAGAUUGCAAGAAAUGUUUACCUCUCGGUUGUCGAUCGAAAUCUGCUGGACAAAUCCCUGUACAAGAUUCCUUCGGAGCAUUCCAAAGAAGGCGUAUUUUCGACGGUGAUCGUGGGCAAGGAACAGCGAUUCCUGCAGGCGGGUUCACUCCUGUCGCUCGACUGCGUCGUCCGACACACGAAGAACCCGCCACCCGCGGUCCUUUGGUACAAGAACGGUGAAUUGCUCGAUUAUGACUCACCGAGAGGAGGAAUUGCCAUACAGUUGGAAAAGACGGGCGCGCAGACGAGCUCGCAUUUGCUGCUGUCAGCGAUGAGGCUCUCGGACGCCGGCAACUACACGUGCGCUCCCGUCGACGCCCCAGCGGCGACUGUGACUGUACACGUGUACAGCGGUGAGUGGGACUGUGAUGAGUGGGACUGUGACUGUGAUGAGUGGGACUGUGAUGAGUGGGACUGUGGUGAGUGGGCCUGUGAUGAGUGGGACUAUGAUGAGUGGGCCUGUGAUGAGUGGGACUGUGGUGAGUUGGCCUGUGAUGAGUGGGACUGUGAGUGGGAGUAUGAUGAGUGGGACUGUGGUGAGUGGGACUAUGAUGAGUGGGACUGUGAUGAGAGGGACUGCGAUGAGUGGGACAGUGUUGAGUGGGACUGUGAUGAGUGGGACUGUGAUGAGUGGGACUGUGGUGAGUAA